UUUUUUUUUCCACCGAAGCCGAGCGGGCGCUGCUAGCGGAGGCGCCAUAUUGGAAGGGACAAAACUCCGGCGACAGCGAGUGACACAAAUAAACACCUGGACCCCCUCGUUCCCCAAGCGCUAAAGGCCGCGAUGUUGUACCUAGAGGACUAUCUAGAAAUGAUUGAGCAGUUGCCAAUGGACCUGCGGGACCGCUUCACGGAGAUGCGCGAGAUGGACCUGCAGGUGCAGAAUGCAAUGGAUCAGCUAGAACAAAGAGUCAGUGAAUUCUUUAUGAAUGCAAAGAAAAAUAAACCAGAGUGGAGAGAAGAACAAAUGGCAUCCAUCAAAAAAGAUUACUAUAAAGCUUUGGAAGAUGCAGAUGAGAAAGUACAGUUGGCAAACCAGAUAUAUGAUUUGGUAGAUCGACACUUGAGAAAGCUGGAUCAGGAACUGGCUAAGUUUAAAAUGGAGCUGGAAGCUGAUAAUGCUGGAAUUACAGAAAUAUUAGAGAGGCGAUCUUUGGAGUUAGAUACUCCUUCACAGCCAGUGAACAAUCACCAUGCUCAUUCACAUACUCCAGUGGAAAAAAGAAAGUAUAACCCAACUUCUCACCAUACGACAACAGAUCAUAUUCCUGAAAAGAAGUUUAAAUCUGAAGCUCUUCUAUCUACCCUAACAUCAGAUGCCUCUAAGGAAAAUACACUAGGUUGUCGAAACAAUAAUUCUACAGCCUCUUCCAACAAUGCUUACAAUGUGAAUUCCUCCCAGCCUCUGGCGUCCUAUAACAUCGGCUCAUUAUCUUCAGGAACUGGUGCAGGGGCAAUUACCAUGGCAGCAGCUCAAGCAGUUCAAGCUACAGCUCAGAUGAAAGAGGGCCGAAGAACAUCAAGUUUAAAAGCCAGUUAUGAAGCAUUUAAAAAUAAUGACUUUCAGCUGGGAAAAGAAUUUUCAAUGCCCAGGGAAACAGCUGGCUAUUCAUCGUCUUCAGCACUUAUGACUACGUUGACACAGAAUGCCAGUGCAGCAGCUGCAGACUCACGGAGCGGGAGAAAGAGCAAAAACAACAACAAGUCUUCAAGCCAGCAGUCCUCCUCCUCCUCCUCCUCCUCUUCCUUGUCGUCAUGUUCUUCAUCGUCAACUGUCGUACAGGAAAUCUCUCAACAAACAACAGUAGUACCAGAAUCUGAUUCAAAUAGUCAGGUUGACUGGACUUACGACCCAAAUGAACCACGAUACUGCAUUUGUAAUCAGGUAUCCUAUGGUGAGAUGGUGGGCUGUGAUAACCAAGAUUGUCCUAUCGAAUGGUUCCAUUAUGGAUGUGUUGGACUGACAGAAGCACCAAAAGGAAAAUGGUACUGUCCACAGUGUACUGCUGCCAUGAAGAGGAGAGGCAGUCGGCACAAAUAAAGGUUUUCAUUUCAUUUGAGAAAGAAUAAAACUUCAACUAAACAUUUUAUAUAGGACUUUAAAAAAGAAGAAAGAGAAGAUACAGUGCAUUUCCAGGCAACCACUUAAAGGAUUUACAUAGACAAUCCUGUAAGAUCUUGAACUUGAAUUUUAUGGGUUGUAUUUUAAUAAUGUAAGUAAAUUAUUUAUGCACUCCUGGUGUGCUAUGAAUAUUAUUCCAGUUAGCCUUGGAUUAUUUCAGUGGCCAACAUAUGCAGACAUUUGUAUUCCUCAGCCAUUUUCAUAAAGUAAUGGGCAUUCUAUAAUUUAGACUUCAAAGAAUUCCAACGAUGAAGAUUUUAAGAAAAGUAUUUUAUAUUCAACAGGUAUGUUCUGCUGCAUGUACUGUACUCCAGAGCUGUUUAUGUAACACUGUAUAUAAAUGGUUAAAAAAAAAGUUAGUGCUUCUAAAAAGCAUUUAUGAUAAUGGUUUUUUAAAUGCCUUUAUAAUAAGCUUUGUUUCUUUGUGAAGCUACAUUCAGCAGGCUGAAGGAAAUGGUUCAUGUGAUAAAGUGAGCUGGUGUCCUCUAGAGUACCUGGGUACAUAAACAGAAACUCCUGUAGUUAAAAACGAAUCUGUGCCAUUAGUCUUUAUAUGUUUCUACAUCCAGACAGAGUGCAGUUCAUGAGGGUGGGAGGGGAGGGGCCGAAGGGAAAAGGGUAUUAAAGUGAUACAUUUUUAUACCAAAUGUGUUUAUUUUUUUGUGCAAGUAAUCCUUAAAAUUGGAAUUGUAUUAGGUGUUAAAAUAAAGUUUUUAAAAAAUUA